AUUAAAUUACAAAAUUUUUAGAUUUCCAAUAAUUUCAAAUAGAAGCAUCGAAACCUUACUUAAUUGUGAAUUAGGAAUACAAACCAAAGAUGCGACUAUUUAUCUUGGUGGGAUUCCUGUUUUCCAGCCUUAUCUGCCAAGUUCUAGCCCAAACCUGCGCCGGCAAUGGAAACUGUGACGAACAGUGCUUAUACCGGGGAAGCGGCUCACGAACAUGCGGCUGUCAAUGUCUUUCUACGUUAAACGCUGAUGGUCGAACAUGCGACCCAACCUUCCAGUGUGGGACCGAUAUCUACAUUGUAGCGGAUGCUUCAAUAAUUGUAGAUCCCACAGAUUGUCUUCUUGCAACAAUACCAGGGUUUACAACAACGUGGCCGGGGUGGACGGUUUGGAAAAAGAUACUGGUAGCCAUCUUUUCGUUCUUUGUUGAGGAGGAGGCGCAUCAAAACAUCAACGUUGGAGCCAAAUUGUUUGCUUCUCUCUCAGACUCUCCUAUUAUUGCAAAUUACACUGGUGGGCCUACUGUAAUGGAUGCACUUAAUACCAUACAAGGUAUGAACCAGCCUUUAUGCGGAAGUUUGUCUUCGUAUGUUCGACAUAUUGGACAGGGAGUGGAAAAAAAUCCUGGCCUGAAUGACUGGGUGUAUCGUGGACCCUAUUCAUUCAGACCUUUCUCAACUACUGCUAGAGUUGCGAUCGCUCUAAACUACGGUCCAUCAAACACCAUGAAUGAGCAAACAAUUUCCUUCUGGAGGGAACGCAUUUUACAACAAUUUGAUCGAUUAAUUGUCAUCACGAGAAGUAAUAUUUCUGUGGCAGCAGAUAAAACAAGAAACGACCGAGAAGCAAGAUUAUUUGCAUGCGGCCACCCCACAGCACCAUGUGCGUUUGUUCUUUACAUUGAUGCACUCAAUGAUUUUGGUUUACCGUUAUCCAACGACAUUCUAUCGACUUUGACAUCAUCAACGUCAUGCUUGGAACGAUUGGCACAAAACAUAACAACAUCACUCACAAGCUGUGAUAGCAACAUGACUCUCACAAUCCCUAAAUGCAAAUUAAGAGGUCUAACACCAUCUGAUCUCAGACUUAAUGAUGUAACGUGUAAUGUGGCAACAUACACAAGAGAAGUGGGAGACAAUUACAUCAUUGAUAUUCCAUAUGGUGUAUGUGGAGCCACUCAGGAGCUCCAAGGUGGUUCUGGUGGGGUAUUGAGCCUCCACAAACAGAUGGUUCAAACCCGAAACUUCAGCGCUUCUCAGUUGCUACCAAGCGUUAAGUUUAACAUAGAAUGCACAGCACCCACCCAAGCCAACACAUCAUCAAUCACCAUCAAACCUGCAGCUCAUUUGGUGGAGGGCAAGCUCGUACAGCAGGGCAAUUUCCCACUUUCCCUGGACGUUUACACCAACAGUAGUUUUUCGACAAAACAGACAGGAAAUUUAGCAUAUGUCAUAGACUGCCCUGUGUACAUCGAAGGCUCUAGUUCCCCCAUAUCUGACGGCCUCACACUCAAGCUAUGGACUUGCACAGCUACCCCAACAUCCAAUAUAAACGACCCAGUAUCUUAUGCCCUUAUUUCAAAUGGUGGAUGCCAGAAAGACCCAACUGUUGAGUUCCAAACCAGAGCAUCACCUGGCCAAGUCAGAUUCAAGUUUAAUAUGUUUGAGUUUGUGUCAAACAGAAGUGCCCUGGAGGUACAGCGGGGACCGGUAUACAUCCACUGUAGUUUCAUCAUGUGUCGAAGCUCUGACACCACAGGGCGGUGCGGGCAAGUUUGUCAUUCAAGAAGGAAACGAACCACAGAAUCUGAUGAUGGAGAAUCAGUGACUAAAUCUGUUGGGCCGUUCACAUUGAAAGCUAAGGGUGAGAAAGACGGUACCUCGAAUGAAGACGUUGAAAUAUCUCGAGAUGAUGCUGAUUUCAUACAAGAUGACACCACUAACGAUGACACCACAAACGAUGACAUCACCAAUGAUGACAUCACACAAGGAAGAAGGAUUGAGUUUGUUGUUGAGGGAGAGCGAAACAGAUCCACGAUGGGAGAUGCUGCUUUUAUCUUCGUGAUCGUAUUCGGAUGUUACUUUGCUCUUCGCUAUUUCCAGGACCGAAUGACAUCAGGUGUUGUGCCCGGAGCUUGUGUGAAACAUCCAUUAGAAGGUUACAUUCCAGCCCAACCUGAUUGGUGUGACAAAUGCUGCCACAAACCGGUUCCAACUGGAUUAAACCAGUCUGAUCCAGAUUUGCAUGACCAGAAGCCACCAGAAUACCAAGAGUGAAGCAAAAUUCAAGAACGCCUUGUUAGGGCACAAAAAAAUUCAAACACAGUUUAACAAUGAUAAAAAUAAUCAAUUAACUACAGGUUCAAACAUGGAAAAGUUUGCACCAUAUUUUAAAAUUAUUCAUUUUCUUGGUGGUUACAAAUUUGUUUCCUGAUAAUUUAGUCCUAAUUUACAUAACCAUUCAUCCGUUAAAUUUCUUUUCUGUGUGUUAGAAAUGGUGUUUCUAUGUAGUCGGAAAUCAGAAUACAAUGUUAUAACAAA